AUGUAGAGAAUAUAUAUUAUGAUAAAGACCCUUAUUUUGCAAAUCCAAUAAAGAGAUUAUUGGGAGACGGGAUACUCUUUUCAAAAGGAUAAAAAUGGAAAAAUAAUAGAACGGCAAUGGCAGCAAUUUUUCAUUUUAAUUCCUUAUAUUAAAGAAUUCCAACAAUUGAAAACUUAACAAAAAAACAUUUUUGAACUUAAUAAGAGAUAAUAAACUUGA